UCUGAUUUGAAAUUCCAACUUAGACCCAAUACAUACUUAGGUAGUUUUGUUUGUUCCAUUGCGGCGUCAGGGAGGACGUUGUUUCGUAUUAUCCAAUGGGUGCGGAUCAACCCUUUGAUGUGGACGUACAGAGCUCUCUUGCCGCCCUAGUCGUGUGUAAGAAUGCGGAGGAACUGCGGCAUUGUUGCUCCGAGGUGGAGGCCAAUUUAUCUAGAGCUGUCAAGGACCAGGGGAACUCCAGUGUAGAGAGCUCUUGCGCUGGUAAGGAUGGCAGCAGUGAUCAUGCAGUCGUUGUGUCCAUUGUCAACAUGCUUCUGCACAGUCAAGACUUGCAGAGCAAGAAGCUCAAGCCAAUAGUACAGGCAUUGCAUAAACUGUUGCUGCUAUUGCCAGAAGCGAAGGAUGUCGCGCACGGCUAUGUGCGGAGAAUGCUUCAGCAUACGAUUGCAUCUCAGAAACAAGAAUCCUUGUCAGUUCUCAAUGUCUUGAGCCACUUGCUUGAGCUACCGCCACAGCUGGGGAUGGUACCAUUCUUCCGCCAGCACGUUCCGCUGAUCUUCAAGCUUGUUUGUCAGUGCUUUCAACGCCAACGGUUGAUGUCACCUAUCAUGAUGCCAGGCUCAUCCGAAUUGUCAUUAUUCUUGUCCAAGGCCUGCUUGCUAUUAUUCCGGCACUAUGAAGAGGCUCUGGUCUCUGUGCAGUCAAGUACUGAGCAUGCUGACCUGGACGACUUCUCAAGCAUCCGCGAGUCUACCGAUGAAUUGUUUCAUCAGCUGCUGCUGGCUCUGUUUGAUGAAGGCUCAAGUCGUGAUUGUUGUGUGAUGGCUGGCACGGCCAUUGCCCUGUGUUUACGCGCUUCAUCGCCUUCACCAUGUGCUGCUGGUGCUACUGCUGAUGUGGCUCAUGAAGGCAGCACCGGAGUUGGCCUAUAUGCUACUCUCACACUGCUGCAAAGGCUUGGUUUUGUUGUUGAAGGAAGUCUACGGGAGUACAUGGAUGAGUGUGGAAAGUGCCACCAGGCAGAGAAGGAUGUGUUUGGCUGCAAGAAGCACGUGGACAGUGUCUGUGUGGAUCAACUGACAACUGAUCACCUGUGGACAGUACGCCUAGCAGUUAUCCACGGCCUUCUGGCUGCUGGUGGUGUGAGUUCCUGGCACUGCAGCUGGUCCGACACUCAGGUUAGACAGUUGUGGAUUGAUGUCGUCCUGGCCAACGUUGUGUCGGCGUGUCAAGAGCUUUGCCAACCCCAGCUUCGGUACUUAGCUUUUCAAGUGGCAUGUGAAUUACUUCAAAACGUAUCAGACACCACCCGGAAGGUAGUCACUGAGAGCUUGCUGGAUUCCAACUGUCAGCAGCUGAAGGCAGUGACAGCGCUGCUGUUUGGCAACUGGGAUGACACGGUAGAGGGCUUGUCCACGCUCGUCAGAAAGCUGUUCUCUCAUCUCCUACAGUGUCAUGUUGUUGAGGGUAGUCGAGAGAAACUGAUCCGAUCCAAAUGGCUGGCUGAUGUCCUGAGUACGCUGUCCUCAUCACCGUGGCACGUCAAAGGUCGCUAUGGUUUCAUGGCCGAGUUGAUUCCUCACAUUGGCCAGGACAUGCUGUUAUCGCACUGCCCACAACUGACCAGCGAUUGCCUUAGAUGUCUCACGUCCAAUCUUCUCGCGGCCACCAGUGGUCGUUUGUACAAAGUGUGCUUGCAACACCUUGUUUCGUCUAGCAAGCUCCAGAAUGGUGGCACCUCUUCUCAAUCACUCUUGCAUGAGUGGUCAUCUGUUUGGCUGCAGCCUAUCAUCAGUGCCUUGUGCAGUGAGAACUCUUCUCAACGCCAGUAUUCCACAUCACAUUACUUGCUCUCCACGAUGAAGUUGUGUCCGCCAUGCGUCAUGCUGGUGGUGGAUCGGCUCUCCUCAGCUCUUCUGCAAUCCGACAGAAGUGUGGCAGAAGGUGAGGCGCGUUUCUCCCGACAAUCCUGUUCUACCUCUGCGGCAAGCGUGACGCAAACCAGCGCCGAGGGUGGUGCAAUGAAGAAUGCCUACGUGAUGGUCGACUGCAGGGCACCACCUUGCUGCUCAACUGAUGCGAGAUCUUCCAGUCAUGGCAGCUCAGAGAAAAUGUCAUCGUCAGGGUCCUGCAGUGUAUCGGCGUCGAGGGACAUCUGCCUCCUAGCGUACGUAACAGCAGUGAAGAUUGCUUCAGGCACAGCCAACCGUUCCAUUGCUCAUCAGAAGCUUCUUCACGAGGCCUUGAAUUCAUAUGAAGAUGGCACUCGUGUGGCUGCGCUGGCUAUACUCUGUGAACACCCAUGUAACAAUGAGAAUGCAACUCUCCUGUCCGAGUUUGUCCGGAACAACAUGAAGAGUGAUUCUUCAGCCUUUCGUCAGCAGAUGUUCGGUCACCUGCAGACUGCCUUAGUGUCUGUGCGAGACUACUGCCGUAGCCUGAUCGGUAAACGGAAGAGGAAGGGGAAAAAGAAAUCCAACGUGGCUGUCCCCGCUGGUUCUGCCUCCGAGGCUGAAGACGUGCAGGCAAUGCGUAUGGUCGACCUCGUCGACGAGCUGCUCGCUGAGGCGUUGUCUUCAUUCUAUCCCGGUGCUCCGUACCAGCGGAAAAAGUGCGGUUUACAACUGAUGGCAGUUUUGAUGGAGACGUUCUACCCGAAUGCCAAGUCCUCCAGCAAGAUUUGUGCGUCAUCUUCGACAGGUGACUUGCUGGAUCUGUGUCAGAAGCAAGGAAAGUGGCAAUUUGUCUCUUCCAGGUGUUCAUCAUUGCUGCAUAGCUGCAUGGAAGACGAGUAUGCAGAGAUAAGAGAGCUGGCACUAGACUUGCUCUCCACCUACUUCCAAUGGCCACACGUCCUCAUGCCCCUGGUGCAUGCACAGACAGCUGCCUCCGCGACGGCUGGUUCUGCUGCGGGUUCGGCCUUGCCCGUCGUCAAGACCAGCGCCGCCAGCACCCAGAACGAAGCCACUUGUUCCGAUUCCGUGCAAACGCCUGGUGGUUGUAAUGGUCACAGCAGCACGGGCGUGCGUACGAACGGCAGCGAGCUGGAGCAGUGUGUUGCACUGCAGGGCUACUUGCAGGGUGUCUUCCACCUGGUUGACUGUCCACGCAGUGGUGACAACGAGAUCGGUGCCAUGCUGUGGAAAGCCGUGUUUCAGAAACUUAUCGUGGAGCAAGGCUAUCGGAUAUCAGUGACUAAGUGUGGCAAAGUGUCAGUACAGCAACCACCUCCGUCUCACUCAUCGCCGUCACCGUCUCCUCCCACUGCGUCUUCCAAGGCAUCAAGCGCAGAGUCACCAUCGUACACCUUCAUUGACCAGCUUAUCACAAUGCUAGCACAUAGACUUGAUGUGUGUCGCAAGGACUUCCUUUUAGGAGCCCGCACUUCUCCUAUGCACGGUUGUGUGUUAAUACUGCGCUACUGCCUGGUUGAUAUUCUCCUUGCCAAGCCACUGACGCACACCCAGAGUGCAUGCAGUCAUUGUCAACGUCGACAGCAAGACCGACAGCAGCAGGCAUCCACUGUGGAGCAUCGAGACGGCGUCCAACCUGUCACCAACAAUGGCAUAGCCAACGCAGCAGCUGCAUCUUCAGAGCAAGAGCAAGUUACUCAGCAGACCACCACACAUUACUGCUGGACGUGUCUGCUCGGCAGGCUGCUGUCUGUACUGCAGUCAGCUGUGUACUUUGUCAUGUCCAUUCUGGCACCCGACACCAGUGCGGCAGCGUUAUCAGAGAGUACAGCUGCCGGUGCUGCUGAUUUGCUGGAUAUGACUGCUGCUGGUGAUGGUGAUGGUGAUGGCGAUCUGCCUGAUGUUUCACCUUCCUUUGGUGACAUGGGAGUUGCUGUACACAACAUCAUUGUGAAGUCAUCUGUAUUGCAGCAGAGUACUGAUGCGACACCACCAACCGAUGAUUCCCCCACCGUCAACCAUGCAACAAUAACAACAGCCCAAGCUGAUAGUACAGCGGAACCAGCAGCAGCAGCCUCUGCCAAUGUAGAAGUUCACACCGAUGCCUCGUCUCUGCACUUUCAGCUGGUGUUGCACGCUUGCUGGCUGCUAAUAAAGGAAGCAUCUUUGCUCCUCGGAGAUGUCUGCUCACUGUCGAGAAGCAAGGCGCAUGGUGGUAGACAGACCGUCGAUCUAUUGCAAGUGGACUCGGUGAUCAAUGUUGGUGAAACUCUGCUCAAUGUCUUGAUGAAGUGCCGACUCAAGGGUGCUAUCGAGAGCUGUGCAUUGGCGUUCACUCGCCACUGUGCACACCUUCUGGCGUCCAGUCAUCCAAGUUUGCUGGCUCAGCCCAAGACCUGGCUACAGCAGAUUCUGGAAACAGCCAGAAACCCGCACACGGCUGCCGUGUCCAUCACUCGUCUCAGUGCUGGUCUACCGUUGAUUAUUCAGAGCAUUGUGCGCUCGGAACCGCGGGCAUCCAAGCACCCACUCUUGCACAUGUGCGUGGAAGAGUUGCUGUCCACCGCGUCAAUCCCUGUGUCCAGCGAGGUCAAUCAAACGAAAGACUUUCCUCAGGUUCACGCAUGCAACAUGUUGCGUGCACUCGUUCGUGAUACUGCACUGGGCGAUGAGAUGCUUAUGUUCGCUAGUCGUAGUCUAGUCCUGGCUUUGGACGGACUCUCAUCGCCAUCAUGGGCCAUGCGAAAUGCCUCCACUCUACUCUUUAGUGUACUGCUGCAGCGUACAACUGGCUGUGGCACCAGCAACACCAGCUCUGAAUUGCUCGGCGCUAGUGUUGGCUCUGCCACGGCUGUCGACUUCUUUGCACGCUACCCCACAUUGUUCGCUCACUUCUUGUCUCUGCUGCGCUCGGCCACAAUGUCCUGCAAUGAAAGCACCGACACUUCAACGGUGGAUGAAGUGACUGAUCACUGGGCAAAGCCGCUGCCGGCAAGUUUGCAGCCAUUGCUGGUCUUGUUAUCGUCCCUGGCUCGAAGUUCACACCAUCUACAGUCCCAUGCUAGGCUGGAAGAGUUUGUGCCGUUCUUUCUCAAGCUAUCGUCGUGUCCAGUACUGGCAGUACGCGUUCUCAGUGCCCGCUGCCUCAAUGCCUUCAUUUCCGACGACGACCAUGCUAAGGAACUGCUGAUGCAACUGCUACGUGAGAUCCCGUCAAGCGUGCCGGCUGGCCAUGGCAGCGCUGCAACAAGAGUGGGAAUAGCGCAGAAUACGCUCCAUGGCACCUUGUUGAAAACAGAGAUGCUCUGGAAAAUGGUCUCGCUUGGCUCAUGCAGUCCUGACUUCUAUCAAGAAGUGUGCCAGCUAAUCUUGGGCCAUGCUUGGCUUUGCUCAUCGCGCAAUACAUGCAGCCUGACUCGCACUGCUGCCAUGAACGUCUGGAGGCUAGUGGCGAAACAUGCAGGUUUUGCUGAUGUAUCCGAGCAAGUCAUAGCCUGCUCUCUGACGGCUGUGCAGAGCGAUGUGGGCCGACACGUGACCGUUGCUGAUGGCCAGUGGCUUGCUACAGCAGCAGAUGCACUGUUAGAAAGUAUAUCUCCGGAACGAACUUCAAACAUCGCUCACCUUCUUAUCAAGCAUGCAUCGUACGAUGUGCGCCUGAGAGUAUUGCAGUUCAUCUCAGACUGUGGAACAUGUGCACCGCUUUCUAAGCAGUCACAGGAUGCCCUUGUCGAGUGCGUACGCAGUGAGACCAAUCGUGAUUGUCUGGCCCUGGCACUAAAGUGUCUGCUUGUAACAUGGCAAGGAGCUCAAGCAGCAACAACAGCAACAACAGCAACAACAGCAACAUGCCUGCAAUCUACUGAAGUUUUGCAAGUUGUACUGGAACGUCUCUCUUCACUGCUCUGUGGCCGUAGCAAGGUACUGCUCUCUGCAGCCGUGCCGCUAGCAGCGUAUCUGUUGGAGCGUCUUCUGAAGGCAUGCCAGUCAAACAGAGAUGCGCAGACCACACGCAUGCUGUCACGAUUAUGCCAGCAAUGGUGCACGCGUGUGAGUGUCUGCUGUCAGCCUGAACAGCAGGACAUUGUCCGUGAAGCUGUGGCGCAGGGCCUGGUCAUCUUGGCGCCGCAUCUCUUCCGCCAUCUCCCGCCACCGGCCAUGCAUGUGGCAAACGACAGCGUCACCAGUACAAACUGUGCAGCUGGCGAUACCAAUACCGACUGGAGCACUCUCAAGGCACACGCAACACUUUGUGCUUGGCGUGCGCUGGUGUGCCUGGUGGAGGAUGACCAGCCAGCUAUUCGUCAGCUGGCUUGCAAGGCAGCCACUGUUUGCUUCACUCCACAGCAAUCCACCCAGGAUGAAUCAGAGACGUGUAUGCAGGAUGAAUCAGAGACGUGUACAUCUAACACACAGUCACAUCACACAGUGCAGGCUAACAUUGUGUUUGGUCAGCUGCAUACACUGGCCUGUGAUAAUUUGCAAGAUCUACCCGGCUUCAUCACAAUGCUGGCGGAUAUCCUGAUCCAGCAUGUGCACUCAAAUACGGACAAGCUGAUAAGACUGAGGCACAGUGACGAGAUCUUUCUGCACGAAGACGCCAAUGUGUUUGCCGAGCCCACGCUGCUUGUCAAGCUGACUGCUAAGACAUUGAAGCAUGUGCUGGCUUGCAGGGCUGGUGAUAAAGAAGUACAUACGCUGCCAGCAGACACUACCUGUCAGCUGGAACAAGAGCUGCAGAAGCUAGUGAAAGAGUUGACGACGCGUAAGAAUUCUGGACUGAAGUGGAAAGGAGUGGAUGAGGUGUAUUUCUUCCGUGCCGUAUGCACGUCAUGCUUACUAUAUCAGUGCAUAGAGGCAACCAAGCCGGGCACACCAGCAUCAGCGUGUAGCAAUAUGCCCAGACACAACCUUACUUCACUUCACAGAGAUCUCCUACAGAUGGUGCCCGAGGGUCGACGACAGGCCUGGGUCGUGCACCACCAAACAGCCAGCUGAGUUCAUGCACACACGCUUCUAAGGAUGAGUGUCUAGGGCAUCAUCUUGCUGUUCUUCGCCUGGAUACAGCACUCGCCAAAACCACGCACCCAGUGACAGCAUUCUCGGCCAACUUGACUAGUGCUGGUGUAUGUGAUCAUGUUCGUGCCAUGUAUGCAUGCCAUUCUAGCUACUCUAGUUCAGCCUGCAUCCCGUGCAGAACGAGAGUGACGCGCUCUAGCAAUUAUUUAUUGUCAUCAAACAACGCCAUGCGUGGAGUCAACCAAUCAAUAUGCAGCCUGUAGUUAUCAAGCCGCUAGCUGAUCCUGCUAACUGCGAUUCACUGUUCGGUCAGUCCUAUCAGUUCAGUGCCACCAGUCCCAGCUGUGUUCUGUGCCACCAGCUCCAGCUCUGCAAUGUUCACCAUAGCACUCUGGACCAUCUGUCAACUGGAGUUGCCAGGAGGCAGGAUAUGCAAAUCAAUUAUGGCUUUUCUUUUCAAGUACGAUCAUGCACGCCUGCUUUUUCAGAAUAUGUAUAUAGGGCACUGGAUGACCCCUCAUUUUCCUCUUUGAGACUGGCGGUUGAUUUAGUAGUUUUUCUGUCCUUUUGGUUGGGAUAUCUGAUAUAGAGCUAUUGGCUUGUUUUGCAGAGCAUGUCUGUUGAAAGAUGAUGCCAUGAGCUGACAACCUCUUACCUGUACAUAGGUUGAACUUUGAACCGGGGAGUCGUAAAACUCUCUGCUUUGAACAAAAAAUAUAUACUUGGAGCGGA